GGGGGUGGCGGGGGGAAGGCGAUGGCGGAUGUAGACAACCUCAACGUCGACAGCAUCAUCCAACGGCUGCUGGAAGUGCGAGGGUCCAAGCUUGGUAAGAAUGUCCAGCUGCAGGAGGAUGAAAUCAGAGGACUGUGCUUAACAUCUCAGAAGAUCUUUCUGCACCAGCCCAUCCUGCUAGAGCUGGAAGCCCCGCUCAAAAUAUGUGGCGAUAUCAAUGGGCAAUACUAUGAUUUGCUCCGACUCUUUGACUUCGGUGGUUUCCCGCCAGAAAGCAACUACCUGUUUCUGGGGGACUACGUGGACAGGGGGAAGCAGUCGCUGGAGACGAUCUGCCUCUUGCUGGCCUACAAAGUCAAAUAUCCCGAGAAUUUUUUCCUUCUCAGAGGAAUCCACGAAUGUGCCAGCAUCGAUCGAAUUUACGCAUUUUAUGAUGAGUGUAAAAGAAGAUACAACAUUAAACUAUGGAAAACUUUCACAGACUGCUUUAAGUGUUUACCGAUAGCAGCCAUCGUGAAUGAAAAGAUAUUUUGCUGUCAUGGAGGUUUAUCACCAGAUCUUCAAUCUAUGGAGCAGAUUCAAUGUAUUACGCGGCCAACUGAUGUGCCAGAUCAAGGUCUUCUUUGUGAUCUUCUGUGGUCUGACCCCAAUAAAGAUGUCUUAGGCUGGGGUGAAAAUGACAGAGGGGUGUCCUUCACAUUUGGUGCCGAGGUGGUUGCAAAAUUUCUGCAGGAGCAUGAUUUGGGUCUUAUAUGUAGAGCCCAUCAGGUGGUUGAAGAUGGAUAUGAAUUUUUUGCAAAGAGGCAGUUGGUCACUCUGUUUUCUGCACCCAAUUACUGUAGUGAGUUUGACAAUGCAGGUGCCAUGAUGAGUGUGGACAAAACAUUAAUGUGCUCUUUUCAGAUAUUAAAGCCGGCAGAGAAGUGGAGUGCCAUGAGACCCGCAACAACUCCAAGGGGUAUGAUCACAAAGCAAGCAAAGAAAUAGAUAUAAUUUUGACGCUGCCUAGCUGGGACUUGUAACAUAUAGUAUAUAACCUUCCUUUGUAAAACUGUAAUGUGUGUUGGUCAGCUUGCUCAAAUAGUGUGUUUGUGGGACCCUCCCUUCCAUUUUUUCAGUUAAUGAAUGGCAUUUGCUGGUUAUCACAGCAAAUGAAAGACUUCACUCCCAAGAAAAACAGUUUUGUUUUUUAAUUCUCUCUUCCUUUUUGCAAGCAAGUUUAAUGAUGGUGUUAAAGCUGUGCACCCCAGACAGUUUAUCCUGUCUAAGGGGUAAGUGCACAAUUGACUUUCUUUUUUCAAUUCAGUACAACCCACAAAUGAUGGAAGUGCUCAUUUUCUUUAGGAUAUAAAGAGAGCCCUAGGGCGCUCAG